AUGUCUAAACAUAACAAGAGAUACCUUCCUUUACACGAACUUAAGCAUCUGGCUAAAAAUCUUACCGAAAUAAGUGAUUGUGAAUUUGAUGACUCAGAUGCCGAUCCAUUAUACACUGAUAUUUCUGAUAGCAGUGAAUACUCUUUAGAUUGUAAACCACAAACAAAACGGCAGAAAGUGGAAACAUUUAAGCACAAUCAAAAUAUUUCUAGUAGAAAGUUUGAAUUCCAAGCAUAUGUUGACGUUAUUAACACAGCGGAUGCAUUUAAAUUGUCUAGAUUAAUUUGCACUCAAUUUUCCAGAGGAGUAUAUUCGAUGUUGGGAGCGGUUUCUCCUGAUUCGUUUGAUACGCUACAUUCCUAUAGUAAUACUUUUCAAAUGCCUUUUGUAACGCCUUGGUUUCCAGAAAAAGUAUUAGCCCCGUCUUCGGGAUUUAUGGACUAUGCUAUUUCAAUGCGACCUGAAUAUCAUAAGGCGAUAAUAGAUACGGUUAAGUAUUACGGAUGGAGGCAGAUUAUUUAUUUAUAUGAUUCUAAUGAUGGUCUCCUAAGGUUACAACAGAUAUACCAAGGAUUAACGCCAGGUAGUGAGAUUUUUCAAGUUACUACUGUACGAAGAAUAAACAAUGUUAGUGAAGCGUUAUCAUUUCUUAGAGGAAUAGAAGAACACACUCGAUGGACAAAUAAAUACGUGGUUCUAGAUUGCUCUACUGAGACUGCUAAAGAAAUUGUCGUUAACCAUGUGAGGGAUAUAUCUUUAGGAAGAAGAAAUUAUCAUUAUUUACUAUCAGGAUUGGUUAUGGACGAGAGAUGGGAAAGUGAAGUAGUGGAAUACGGAGCCAUCAAUAUUACGGGUUUUAGGAUAGUGGAUAGUUUUAAACCUUAUGUAAAAGAAUUUUUAGAAGGAUGGAAACGACUGGAUUCGGUUCAAUCUCCGGGUGCUGGUAAAGACAGUAUAUCUGCCCAAGCUGCUUUAAUGUACGAUGCCGUUUUUGUAUUGGUUGAAGCUUUUAACAAAGUUUUACGGAAAAAGCCAGAUCUGUUUAGAAACAAUGUAAGAAGAGGACUAAAUUACAAUGGUACAACAAAGGCUCUUGAUUGUAACGUAAAUGGCAACUGGGUAACACCGUGGGAACACGGAGAUAAGAUUUCGAGGUUUUUAAGAAAGGUAGAAAUUGAAGGAUUAACUGGAGAAAUUCGUUUCAGUGAAGAAGGUCGACGGCAAAAUUACACACUUCAUGUUGUAGAGAUGACAGUUAAUAGUGCAAUGGUAAAAGUAGCUGAAUGGAGUGAUCAAACUGGAUUUAACCCAGUUGCUGCAAAAUAUGUUAGACUGAAGGCAAACGCCCAUAUAGAGAGAAAUAAAACUUAUAUAGUUACAACAAUAUUGAAACGAGACACAGACCAAUUUUCUCAAUAUCUAGUACUGCUUGCAACUCGAUCUGAUGUUGUAACAGUCCAUUUGCGUUCCACGCCAUUAUUCGGAGGUCUUUAG